ACCACCAGUCCCUCCACAACGUUCAACAUGACUCGCAAGGCAGCCCUGCUGCUGGUGGUGGUCUUGGUGGCCAUGACUUUCGCUGCUCCCUCCGACCCCUACCGCCCUCCUGUACAUCAGUCGGGCUACAAAGAACCUGCAAAACCACACAACUUCGCCUACACUGUGAGGGACGAGUACGCCGGCACCAACUUCGGCCACAGCGAGGACUCUGACGGCAACACAGUCCGUGGCACCUACAAUGUAGACCUCCCUGACGGCCGCAAGCAGAUGGUGAACUAUGAGGCAGACCACGAGACAGGGUUCAUAGCCAACGUGCAGUACUACGGCGAGGCUCAGUACCCCCACGAGUACGGUCCGCCCGUCACCUUCAAGCCCAAAUACCAGGACUCAUACCAGCCCAAGCCUUCAUACAAGCCAAAUCCAACGUAUAAGCCCAAGCCAACAUACAAACCACAGCCCUCUUACCAGCCCCCUCAACCCUCAUACCAGCCCGAACCCUCUUACCAGCCCGAACCUUCAACCCUCCCUCACCCCCAUACCAGCCCGAACCCUCACCUCCCACCUCACCUGAGCCUGCAGCCUGAGCCCUCAUACCAGCCCGAGCCCUCAUAUCACCCCUUAUACCGAUCCCAGCCUUCCGAGCCCGAGCCCUCAUACCAAACUGAUCCUCAUUAUGAGUUUGAAUCCAAGACCUUGGACCCACGUGAUACUGAGUCCGUCCUUGAAGCUGAUGCCAAACCCCAACAAAAGCUAGAAACUGAACCCCGACACCACCUUGAUACUGAACCCCAACACCACCUAGAUACUGAACCACGACACCACCUUGAUACUGAACCCCAACACCACCUAGAUACUGAACCCCGACACCAACUUGAUACUGAAUCCCGACACCACCUUGAUACUGAACCCCGACACCACCUUGAUACUGAACCCCGACACCAACUUGAUACUGAAUCCCGACACCACCUUGAUACUGAACCCCGACACCACCUUGAUACCGAAACCCGACACCACCUUGAUACCGAAACCCGACACCACCUUGAUACCGAACUCUCACACCAGUCUGACACCGAGCCCUCAUACCACCCUGACACCGAGCCCUCAUACCACCCUGACACCGAACCCCCAUACCACCCUGACACCGAACCGCCAUACCAACCUGACACCGAGCCCUCACACCCAGAUACCGAACCGUCACACCAGCCUGAUACCGAACUCUCACACCAGCCUGAUAACGAAUCCUUACACCAAUUCGACGCCAAGCCCUUACACCAACCCGAUACCGCCGCGUCUUCAGAGGAAUGA